GCUAUACGCUAGCUCAGUACCUCUAUGGAUUUAAUGGAAGAAGUGUGGUUCAAAUUCUAGUAGAAGUUACUGUAUGAAUUUCAAUCAAAAAUUGUUAUCUCGGCUGGAUUGAUUUACGAUUGCAAGUGAAUAGCAAAAGUGUAAAAUGCAUAUCCUAGUCGGUGCGGUGGUGAGCGUAUCGGUUAUCAUUGGAGUGAUUAUCUACCGAAAGUUUGCUAACUUGAUUCGACAUGGGGCGCAAUUUGGAGGCCCCAAAGCUUAUCCUGUGGUUGGAAACUCGCACAGGUUUACUACGAAAUCGCCGGCAGAAUUCCUGGAGGAAAUACAGAAAAUGAUUCAGGAGUACGGUAGAUGCUUCCGCUUAUGGAUGGGAAUGGAUUUCACCAUUGUACUAACAGACGCCAAACUAGUAGAGACAAUUCUCAGCAGUCAGAAGUUCCUGGAUAAAGCGGAUGAGUACGACUUCAUUCGACCAUGGCUCGGAGAUGGGCUGCUUACCAGUACAGGUCGAAAGUGGCACUCGCGGCGCAAGAUGAUCACUCCUACGUUCCACUUCAAAAUUCUAGAGCAAUUCGUGGAAAUAUUCGACCGUCAGGGUCGCACAUUUGUGGAGCAGCUGAAUGCGAAAGCCAACAGUGGUGAAAGUUUCGAUGUCUUCCCAAUGGUAACACUAUGUGCGUUGGACGUUAUUUGUGAAUCCGCAAUGGGAACAAAAGUGAAUGCUCAGAUGAAUUCCGACUCCAAUUACGUGAGAGCUGUGAAGGACAUGUCCUGCGUCGUACAUCAGCGGGUGUACAAUCUAAUUGCUCGAAACAGUUUCUCGUUCCAAUAUACUCGAUACCGAAAAAUGCAGGACAGGGCCCUCAAGGUUCUUCAUGGUUAUACGGAUAGUGUCAUUCGUUCUAGGAGGAUAGAUCAUCGUCAAGCUCAGACCGCGACGAAUGAUGAUGACAAGAACGAAAUCGGAAUCCGCAAAAAGGUAGCUUUUCUGGAUAUGUUAUUGCAGGCUACUGUUGAUGGGCGACCGCUCACCGACGAGGAGAUACGGGAAGAGGUUGAUACGUUUAUGUUUGAGGGUCACGAUACAACGACCUCCGCCAUAAGUUUCUUGUUUGGUGUUUUGGCGAAGCAUCCAGAUAUUCAACAGAAGGUAUACGAGGAAGUUCUCGAUGUAGUUGGGAGUGACUUGGAUAAACCUCUCACGUUGUCAAUGCUGAACGAACUGAACUAUUUAGAUCUUGUGAUAAAAGAAACUUUACGAAUGUACCCUUCAGUACCGAUAAUCGGACGCAAGAUGCUCGAGGAUCAUGAAAUAAAUGGCAGAACAUUCCCAGCAGGGGCGAACAUAAUCAUUAUGCCAUUCUCCAUGGGUCGUGACCCGGAAUAUUUUCCAGAGCCGGAAAAGUUUCUGCCGGAGCGGUUUGCUGUAGAAACCUCGGCGGAGAAAGCCAAUCCCUACCGUUACGUUCCGUUCAGUGCCGGGCCAAGAAAUUGCAUUGGGCAGAAGUUCGCUAUUGCUGAGAUUAAAAGUUUGGCAGCUAAAACUGUGAGGCAGUUCGAAUUGCUACCAGCGGAACAAACUAAGCCCGAGAGGUUUAUUGCCGAGCUAAUCCUUCGACCGGAGAACGGGGUGCAGUUACGUGUGAAGAAGCGUGGUUGAGUGGGGCGGAAUUUAUGUGAAUUUAUUCAUUAUUGUAAGGACAAUACAGUGUUAUUUGACUGACCAGUAGCGUGGUUUUGAUAAA